GAAGAAAACCCGGGGUCGAACAUGCAUUGAUUGGUUAUUUCAAGCAGGGAAGUUUGCCGGCGUGGUAGGAGAUCUCACACACAUCGGUGUCUCCCUGUACGCUCCUGUUAACCUUCCCGCUUCUGCGCAGCUCGACCCGGCGAAAGCUGUCCAGCCUGCCUGCCCCCCCUGUGUGUGUGUGUGUGUGUGUGCGCGCGCGCGCGUGUGUGUGUGUGUAGCCCUCUGGGAGCAGCAUGUCUGAUUACAGCUCUCUGCCAUCAAAUGGAGUCGGAGCAGGAAUGAAAAACGACGCUUUCGCAGAUGCCGUUCAGCGAGCCAGACAGAUUGCAGCUAAAAUUGGUGGUGACGGUGUGCCCCCGACAACAAACAACGGAGGAGCUGAGAGCUACCCAUUCACAUCACAGAAACGAUCCCUGGAAGAAGGAGAUGAACCCGAUGCCAAGAAGGUAGCGUCACAGAGUGAAAGAGAUUCUGCAAUGUCUAUUGGAGCUCAGCUAGCUGCUCUGUCCCAGCAAAGUGUAAGGCCCUCCACAAUGACAGAAGAGUGCAGAGUGCCUGAUAGCAUGGUUGGGCUCAUCAUUGGGCGAGGAGGCGAACAGAUUAACAAAAUUCAGCAAGAAUCUGGCUGCAAAGUCCAAAUUGCACACGACAGUGUUGGUCUGCCAGAAAGAAGCAUUUCCCUCACAGGAUCACCCGAUGCCAUACAGAGAGCCAGGGCGCUUCUAGAUGACAUUGUGUCCAGAGGUCACGAGUCAACCAACGGUCAGUCAAGUUCCAUGCAAGAGAUGAUAAUCCCUGCUGGAAAGGCUGGCCUUAUUAUCGGCAAAGGAGGAGAGACUAUCAAACAGCUGCAGGAGCGAGCUGGAGUCAAAAUGAUUCUUAUCCAAGAUGCGUCGCAGCCACCCAACAUAGAUAAACCUCUUCGUAUCAUUGGAGACCCAUACAAAGUCCAGCAAGCUAAGGAGAUGGUUAAUGAGAUCCUACGGGAGAGGGAUCAUCAGGGUUUUGGAGAGAGGAACGAAUAUGGAUCAAGGAUGGGAGGAGGGGGCAUAGAAAUAGCUGUCCCGCGGCACUCUGUGGGAGUUGUGAUUGGUCGCAGUGGAGAGAUGAUCAAGAAGAUCCAGAGUGAUGCUGGCGUGAAAAUACAGUUUAAACCAGAUGAUGGUACAGGUCCUGAAAAGAUUGCUCAUAUUAUGGGUCCACCAGACCAGUGUCAGCACGCUGCCUCGAUCAUCACUGACCUGCUACAGAGCAUCCGUGCCAGAGAGGAGGGUGGGCAAGGGGGUCCACCGGGUCCUGGUGCUGGUAUGCCACCUGGUGGCCGAGGGCAGGGUAGAGGCCAAGGGAACUGGGGUCCACCAGGAGGUGAGAUGACUUUCUCCAUCCCUGCUCACAAAUGUGGGCUUGUUAUUGGCAGAGGAGGAGAGAAUGUCAAGUCCAUCAACCAGCAAACUGGUGCAUUUGUGGAGAUAUCUCGUCAGCCACCUCCAAACGGUGACCCGAAUUUCAAACUGUUCACCAUCAGAGGGUCUCCACAACAGAUUGAUCAUGCAAAGCAGCUUAUAGAAGAGAAGAUUGAGGCUCCAUUGUGUCCUGUGGGUGGUGGUCCUGGUCCAGGAGGGCCACCUGGUCCAAUGGGUCCCUAUAAUCCGAACCCUUAUAAUGCAGGGCCUCCUGGUGGAGCUCCUCAUGGAGCUGCACCAGGUGGUCCCCAGUAUUCUCAGGGUUGGGGAAAUGCCUAUCAGCAGUGGCAAGCCCCAAAUCCAUAUGACCCCAAUAAGGCUGCAGCAGACCCAAAUGCAGCAUGGGCAGCCUACUAUGCACAAUAUUACGGGCAGCAGCCAGGGGGCACAAUGCCAGCUCAGAAUCCAGGAGCUCCUGCAGCAGCAGCAGCGGCACCAGGAGCACCAGGGGACCAGAGCCAGGCAGCCCAGACUGCUGGGGGUCAGCCAGACUACACUAAGGCUUGGGAAGAGUAUUAUAAGAAGAUGGGCAUGACUCAGCCAGCAGGAGGGGCAGCAGCUGCUCCAGGCACAGCAGCAGCCCCCACAGCAGCUGCAGCAGGAGGAGCUGCACCUGGUGGCCAGCAGGACUACAGUGCAGCCUGGGCUGAGUACUACAGACAGCAAGCUGCCUACUUUGGACAGACAGGCCAGGCUCCUGGACAGGCAGCUGCUCCACAGCAGGGACAACAGGCCCAGUAAACGUGUGACUUGUUCUGUUGGGCGGAUGUGUUGAAUCUGCGGGCUUGUUUUUUUUUUUUUUGUUUGUUUUUUUAAUUCACAGUUUUUUUUGGCUCUAAUAGGACAAUAAGCCUGUGGUUAACUCAUCCUCUCAGACAUUUUGUAUUCAAACCUUCCUGUUUGUUUGUUUAAUUUUUCUUUUUUUAAAUGAAAUUCAAAAGGGAAUGUGUUUUGCAGAUGUAUUGAAAAAAAGCACUAACUUACCCCUUCACCUCACCUUCACCUUGUAAUACGUCAGAUGGUUUGGAGUUUUUUUUCUUAAAUGUGAAAUAAUAAGCAUCUUUGCUUGCAAGCUAGCACAACAGCAUCUCAACAAUGACUCACAUGUCAGUAGUUUUCCCCUUCUGUUUGCUGAAGGUAAAAACUGUCUAGCAGUAUUUUGAAUAUAUUCAAAAAAUUAUGUUUGUAUGGCAGAAGUUGUUGGUCUUGUUUUUUUUUCUUCUUCUUCUUCUUGUUCUUGGUACUUUUUUAAACUUCAGUUUUUUACAAAAAAAGAUUCCAGUGUUUAAGUUGCAGGUGAACUUCUCCCUGCUGUCAUAAUUUCUUAUUUUUAAUUACAUUCUUUGUGAUUUUCCUCAAGGGGCGAGUCUUGUGUGUCUGUAUACAGUGUAUGCUACUGAACAGAAGACUGUGUGUAAGUUGGCUGUAAUAAGGCACUAACUGUCCUGCAGUUAUGUAGGCUGGUUGUUUGUGCACGUAUGUGUUUGUGUGCUUGACUGCCCUUGGUUUCAUUUCUACAUCUUUACAAUGAAAAGAAUAGUCUCUUUUCCAGUAAGUUCUCUUAUUGUAUGCUGAUUUUUUUUUUCUUUUCGUUUGUUGUGUUUUUUACAGCUUGUUUUUAAAUACUUAAAUAAAAACAUUCAAUUACCAGAG